AUGUCAUUGACUCUUGCCUUUGCUUUCUUAGCCCCAGCAUGGGCAGUCACAAACUUGUCGGCCAUUUCAUCAAAUAUUUCAAUUGAGCGUGCAGGCAGCUAUGAAUACCAAGUUAGUGCUCCCCCGGUGAGGGUUUUGCCAAACUUCUUCAGUAGUGGUUAUGAUCGAUUCGAUAGAAAGGAAGGAAUAGUCUGUAUUUUUCGUUGGGGAUUUCCGGGAAAAAAUCGUCGCAUAUUCCUCCGAUUCCUUAUAAAAGAUAUUCAGUCCGUUAGAAUAGAAGUUAAAGAGGGUAUUUAUGCUCGUCGUGUUCUUUAUAUGGACAUCCGAGGCCAGGGGUCCAUUCCCUUGACUCGUACUGAUGAGAAUUUGACUCCACGAGAAAUUGAACAAAAGGCUGCUGAAUUAGCCUAUUUCUUGCGUGUACCAAUUGAAGUAUUUUGA